CUCCCCCGCCCGCCGGCCUGCACAGGCGCGCGCUCCCCCGUCCUCCGGCCCGCCGCGCGAUCGGCGCGGUGGGAACCGGCCCAAACGCCGGUAAGUCUGGGGACCCCUGCUCUAAGUGGAUAUCUUACUACUUGGGGAAAUAGCUUAAAAUGUUGUACCUAAUUGGUAAAAGGAAUUAAUCUAUGUUCAUGGAAUUGUUGGCAUCCGUCUGUCUCAAGGGAUAGUGGAGUAUGCCUCCGGGGAUGAAGUCAAACCACUGCAUUAGCAGCACUGAAGUGACCUCCCGAGGUUGCAAGCCUGGGCAGUGUGUGUUUGGAGGUCCUGAGCUGGCCAGAUGAUACAACCCUACUCUCGGCCUUACUGAUGUGGUCCAAAGGAAAGCAGAGCAAAAUGUUUGUCACCAGCUUGGCUGCAGGAGUUGCUGGAAGGAAGUGUUCAAGGUGCUACCCAACCAUCUUAGGGACUCCACUCCAGAUUUUUGUAGAGUUUACUUCUUAGCCUUCUCCUGAAUAUAUCCUGUAAGGCAGUGAAGAUUUAGGAUCAGAGUUUUCCUUCUCCUAGAUGGGCUACUUUUCCAGGUGGAACCUCACCUGCCCCACUUCCCUUUACAGCACAUGCAGAAACCACUUUCUUGGCCAUUGGACCCACUCUUAGUCUUGUCCGCUCAAUCUUCCAGGUUCCCUUCCCUUCCCUUCUUCGCAUGCAAGGGAAGUCCCUAAAUCACCGAGGUUUGAGACCCAUUGGCUACCCUCCCCUGGUUUAGCUGGCAAUUAGCCAUUCACGGGGUGUGGCUGCUGUUGCAUAGUGAGAGCUGAGGGCAGGAUAGGGGGACCAAAAUUGGGCAAACUGCCCCAGAAUGAGCACAAUGUGUCCCCCACCAGAGGUACUACCCCUCCCCUAAUACCCCAUUGCUACAUCAGCUGUAUAUAAACAACAGAAGAGGUUCCAGCCUCUGAUUGGUUUCCCCAAUUGCUUGCUGUGACUUCCUGUUUGAGUAAGCAAAAAAUGUUGCUUGUUGGAGAAUUCACUGCUAGUGAGUCAAGGUGCUCAGCUGUGCAACAGAUCUCAAUUGGGCCUUUUCCAGUUCAAGGAGGCUCAGCCCAAACCUCAGAACUCAAAACCUGCAUGCAGAAACUGUGGAGUCUCAUUUCCUGGUGGCUGUGCUCCUGUCCUCCCUACAAAGCUGAGACUCUACUACAAGAGGGGCUAGGGGACUCAGAGACUUGCUCCCAAGCAGGCGUGUUUUGGCUCUGCCUAGGCACACUUUGUAUCAUUCUACACUUUCUAUCUCUUUUUUCCUGGAAUAAAUCCAACACCCCCCCCCCCCGCUGUUUAUUUUCAGAUUUGUAGUUGCUUGACUGACCAAACCCAAAGAGUACUCACUGGAAAAAAGUGACCAGUGGGGAGCUGCAGGGUUCUGUCCUGGGCCCGUUGUUCAACAUCUCUAUAAACAAACGACUUGGAUGAUGGAAUUGGGGGGAUGCUCAUCAAAUUCGCAGAUGACACCAAACUGGGAGGGGGUAGCUAAUGCCGCAGAAGACAGAAUCAGAAUUCAAAAUAACCUUAACACAUAGCUGUCACAUUUUCCCUUUUCUCACGAGGAAGCCUAUUCAGCAUAAGGGAAUUUCCCUUGACAGCUAUGUUAACAGAUUGCAGAAUUGGGCGCAAGCUAACAAAAUGAAUGUCAAUAGGGACAAAUGUCAGGUUCUGUACUUAGGCAGGAAGAACCAGAUGCACAAAUAUAGGAUGGGGGUGUUGUAAACUAAAUCUUCCCUUAUGGGGUAUACAAGAGCCCUUAUAGAGUCAUUUGUAGGUUCUCCAUCGGUAGGAGAAAAUAACAGAGGCCAACCAGAGAAUAUUGAGAAGCAAAGCAGCUAGUAAGUCUGAUCUGUAUUGAAAUGUUGCAACAGGGUGCUCCUCUCACACACAGGAGAAAUGAGGAGGACCAAGAACAAAGGCGUGCCUACCCUUAUAUAGACAUUUUUAAUUGCCUGCCCUGGAGAAACCUCAUACAUAGAUCACAGAAGGGGUGUAGCCCAAGACCACCCCCCAGAUGCAUCAUACCCACAUCACAGAAAAGGCGGUCUACAACAGAAAUUUGAAUUACAGUGCUUGCCCUGCGGUCUAUCCAACAUCAUCAUGACAGAGGGCUGGGUGGAUUGCCCCUCACUAGGGCCCGGCUGGCAGCGCCGUGAAGUCUUGCGCAAAAAUGGAACAAGACCUGGACAGUCAGAUACCUAUUACACAAGCCCCAGAGGAGAGAAAAUCCGUAGUAGAGUGGAGCUUCUGAGGUUACUGGGAGGAUCACGGGAUUUGACCGACUUUGAUUUCAAGAAAGGGAUUUUUGUAGACCCAAGUGCUGAGCCCCAGCUCCUCCAACCCCUCCCACCCACUGGAGGCGGCCAUCAGCGGGUCAAAAAGGGUAGUAAAAGGCAUCUUCCACCUCUGGCAGCAGCCACUCCUCCACUCAAGAAGCCUCCUGAUUUGCUGGUGUUUGAAGAGCCUCCAGACAAGGAGCUUCUGGACCAGAAACCCCCCAAACUGGAACUGGAGUUGCCAGUAGAAGCACCUGCUGCUAUUCUGGCUGAGCAGCAAGAACUUCUAGUUGCUGUAGACCAGCCAGCCAUGAAGCCCCACAAGCGCCGAUGUCGGAAGCAUCUUCCAGCCCUCCUUCCUCCGGGAAAAAUGGGCAGUGUGACAGUGGAAGAGGCCAACCCAGAGGAACCUGUAGUAUGCUGUGCCAGCUGUCAAGGCCAGUUCCCAGGAGUGAUGCUCCCCUCCCAGAGACGCUGCCGGUGGCUCUGCCCAGAUUGCAGAGCUCAGAGAAGAGAUUUCAAUCGGGAGCAGAGAUAUUACAAGCAAAUUGGUUGUGGUGUGUGCCAAGCCUGCCAGAUGUCUCAGGACUGCGGCAUCUGCAGUGUGUGUGUCCUGCGAGCCAAGAGCCCCGAGCUCCGCAUUGGCAUCAAAUGUCUGCUGCGCCGAUGCUUGAAGAUUGUCAAAAAGGGCCUUGAAUGUGGUAUGUGUCAGGCUUGCAAGACAACUGAAGACUGCGGUAGCUGCCGCAUCUGCUUGCGGAGGCAGAAACCAGGCAUGAAGCGGCAAUGGAAAUGCCUCAAGCGCCGCUGCCUUAAACGCAAGAAAAAAAUUCCACCCAAGAAAGAUGGCUACAGCACGAAGAAGCUUACAGUAGAAGUCCUCUCCACAGAGGAGACCUUUACGCCAGCACGGCGCCAGCAGAAGAAGUCAGCACCUGUGACAGAUGGGCCAGCUCCCAAGGUACAGCGGGCCCCAAGGGGACGCCACAAGAGGCUGUCAGCUGCACCACCAGCAUCCACAGAUGGGCCCCUUCCCAAGGCCCAGCUUGCUGCAAGCUGCCAUCGUCGAAAGCGCUCUGCUACCACAAAAUGGAAACCCACCAUGGAACGGGAUCCUGGAGGCAUCCCUACAGUAAGACAAAGGAAGAAGCAGUUGGGAGCAGUGAAAGAAAGGAAGAAACCUGGUCGUCCCCCCAAGCAUCCCACUGCCCAGCUCAAGAACAAUGUGACCUCUGCCAGCCGGCGAAACCGUAAGUGUGGCAAGUGUGAAGCCUGCCUGCUGAAAAUGGAUUGUGGCCGCUGUGAUUUUUGCUGUGACAAGCCCAAGUUUGGCGGGAGGAACCUCAAGCGCCAGAAGUGCCGCUGGAGACAGUGUCUGCAUUUUGCUAUGAAGCGGCUGCUUCCUGAGGAGUGGAGCAGCCCGGAAGGGGCAGCGGGCUGGAAGGUCAGGAGGAGGAGGAACGCCUUCGGCAACCGCAAGCCCACCAGGAUCAAGCAGGUGGGGCGGCGGGGAGCCAAGGGGAGUGGCCAGAAGCGACGGGCAAAAGCCAGCUUCCAGCCAGAGGAGUCUCCUUCAAGCAGGGAACAGGUGCAUUUGCCUAGGUUGCAGAGCCCAGAGGAGCCUGAACAGCAGCCAGCAGUGAAGUGGAAGAAUGAGCCAGAGAUGAGUGGCUCAAUUUUGGCCCAGGACUUGGCUAAGGACCGCCCCAUCCUGCCACAUGUCAAAGAGGAGUCAGAAGUACCUCGACACCCCACCCCACCCUCCCAAGUCCUGGUAAAGCAAUCCGACACCAGACGACCUGCUGUCAGCCUCAUUGCCACCUCUCCUGUCGACAAACGGGAGCAUGCAGAAGCGGAGGGGGACCACCAGCCAUCCAAGGACUCUCCGGUCUCAGCAGGACUUCCCCAGUGUAAGAGAGGGGGGGGAACUCAGGGCAAGGAGCUGGUGGUUCUGGAUGAUGAAGAUGAUGAAGAAGUGGAGCACCUGCAGCAAUUGCGCCCCCCAGUGAUCAUGGAGAUUUAUAGCCUGGGUGGUGCGCAGCCCCUUGCCCAGUUGGACAGCGUCCUGCAUGAGCUCUUGGCUGAGCUGAAUGAGAUCCCUCUCCCUGCUCACUGGGAGGUGCUGUCUCCGCUUUGCGGCCCUGACCUGCGUCUCGUCCAGCGCUCAGAACACUCCACCGUGUCCUCGGCUGCCAUCUACAUCCGCCCAGGCCUCUUCUUCCAGGUGGUGGUGCGGAACCUGCCCGUGCCCCCUGAGCACGAACUCUAUGCCAGCCACCCUGCCCGCCUCACCACAGUGGACGAGGUGGUGGAACUCAUCUGUGACCUGGAGGCCUAUCGGCUCUGCUCUGGCUGGCCUGCAGGCUGGCAUGCCGGGCAACGCUCCGAGGCCUGUGACGUUCUUGUCUAUUCCGGUUGCUGCCCACAGUGCCGGCUCAACCCUUGGCCAUCAGGGAGAGGCGCUCGCUGAGAACUGAGUUGGGAGGGGGAAUUUGGGGAGAGGACUUGGCCCUGUGGGGCAGUGACUGGGAAGAGGUUUUAUUUUGACACUGGAAAUGGCUUGGAAUAUCUAAAGGGAUCAUUCCUUGCCAUAAAUAGCUUUAUAUAUUUUCUCUCUUUGCACAGAAAGUCCCAUUCCUCUUGUUGUCUUCUGCCUCUCUCUGCUGGUGAGCUGCUUCUGUGUUUCUGGCACAGAGAGACAUUCCUCUCGGAGACUCGAUUCCUGUCUUCAGUCGCUUGCUUGUCUUCUGCCAGAGAGUUGCAGUGGGAGCUCAGGGUCCAUUGCAGUAGCUUGUGCUGCUCCCACUUUGCUGUGCUUGUAAAGCCUCCCAGGUUGCUAUGAAAUGGGGAGGUGGAGGCAGCUUAUGCAUCAGCCUUUCUGUCCAUUGCUCCCGCUUGGCUGCCCCCUGCCCUGUUCAAUUUAGCCCUGUCCUGGCGACUCCUAGACCAGACGCAGGAAGCCUCUCUUUUGCUAUCUCCCUCUCUCUCUCAAAAAAGUCCCUCUGGCUGGGACCUGGAAUUGCCACCUCAGGCAUGUUUUUCCUUUGCUUCAGGGUUGCUGAGUUCAGAUGGUUUAUUCUGUUUCUGAGGACCAGGAAGGUUUUUGUUUUGGGCAGCGGGAAAGACUAAAUGGAUGUUGCUGGAGUGGAGGCUGAGAGAUUCUGGGCUGUCCUGUUCAGGGAAAGUUUUACAGAAGCCAUAGCUGCAUGUCACUUGCUGACUCCUGGUUUUGUCUUGUGUCUUCCUUCCGUGUGGUGGUGGCAGCAGCAAAUGCCCCACAGCCUUUCCCUUGCUCCUCUCACUAUCAGUUUUGUGUGUGUGUGCUGCUUUUCCCUCAGAAGAAAAUAAUGAAAGUAUUCUGGAGGAGGGUGGGAAUAAAUCAGAACUGGUCUCUAUUUUUUUAAUGUAUUAAAAAAAUUAAUAAGCAAGCUCUGCUUUGGUUUCCAUGUCUCCGUUCAGGUGAGAACAGGGGUGGUGAAACUGUCGCCUGGAUCCUGCUCACCAACUACUUCCAAAUCACCUGCCCGCCCCUGUCUGGGCAGGUCCCUUUUCAGACUCUGGUGCAUCCCCAUUGCUGAAGAGGUCUUGGCACUCAGGAAACUGGAAGCAGCCCUCCUUUCUUGUUCCUGAGCAUGAAGACCACCUUCUAGAAGCACUGCACUAGUGGGAGAUGACAUGCCUUGGAAAGGUG